UUUGGAAGCAUAUGUAAUUGGAAGAGAACGAACCUAGACGGAUUAUUUGAGAGGUACAUAACAACAUAUAUAAAACCAUAGGCACUUUCCACUUUUAGUUUCUAACAUAAAAUUAGUUACAAAGCUUCAACUUCAACUUCGGUACCGAAAAAUGGCAGGUAUUGUUGGAUCUGAUUCAAUUCCUCUUCUUACUCCUUACAAAAUGGGUAAAUUCAAUCUAUCUCAUAGAGUUGUUUUGGCACCUCUCACAAGACAGAGAUCCUACGGCAACGUUCCACAACCUCAUGCUAUCCUCUACUACUCUCAAAGAGCCUCUAAAGGUGGUCUUCUCAUAGCCGAAGCUACCGGUGUCUCUGAUACCGCUCAAGGCUAUCCAAACACGCCUGGUAUAUGGACUAAAGAGCAAGUCGAUGCAUGGAAACCCAUUGUGGAUGCUGUUCAUGACAAAGGCGGUGUAUUUUUCUGUCAAAUUUGGCAUGUUGGAAGAGUUUCUGAUACUGUUUAUCAGCCAAAUGGGCAAGCACCAAUAUCUUCUACAGACAAGCCACUAAAACCACAAAUUCGAAGUAAUGGUAUUGAUGUUGCAAAAUUCACACCACCAAGGCGGCUAAGGACAGAUGAAAUUCCAAACAUUGUCAAUGACUUCAGACUCGCUGCAAGAAAUGCUAUUGAAGCUGGAUUUGAUGGGGUUGAAAUCCAUGGAGCUCAUGGCUACCUCCUUGAACAAUUCAUGAAAGAUAAAGUGAAUGACAGGACAGAUGAGUAUGGUGGAUCCCUUGAGAACCGUUGUCGGUUUGCUUUGGAAGUUGUUGAAGCUGUUGCAAAUGAGAUAGGAACAGAAAGAGUUGGAAUAAGAUUAUCACCUUUUGCAGAGUAUUCAGAAUGUGGAGACUCCAACCCUAAAGAAUUGGGACUUUAUAUGGUUAAUGCCCUCAAUAAAUACGGUAUUCUUUAUUGUCACAUGGUGGAACCAAGAAUGAUAACUGUUGGUGAAAAAACUGAAUGCCCCGACAGCCUUGUGCCAAUGAGAAAGGCCUUCAAAGGCACUUUCAUGGUUGCAGGAGGUUACGACCGACAUGAUGGGAUCAAUGCCAUAGCUGAAAACAGGGCAGACCUAGUUGUAUAUGGUCGUUUGUUCUUAGCUAAUCCAGAUUUGCCAAAGAGAUUUGCACUUGAUGCUCCUCUAAACAAGUAUAACAGGGAGACAUUUUACGUUUCUGAUCCAGUUCUAGGUUAUACUGACUACCCUUUUCUUGAAUGAAGGAACCGGUGCUGUAGCAUCCAAGUGUGGAAUCUCCUCACUAAAUAAGGUCAUUAUCCCUUGCAAAUUGCUUUAUGCUAUUAAGUCUGUCACUGAAAUAAGAUUUUGAAGCAUAUGUAUGUUAUUGAUUCCUCUCAUGGUUACUCUUGCUAAUGCUUUGGACCCAGUUCACACAUUUUGUAAAUUGUCAGGGAACAUAGUAUGUAAGAGUAAAACUACUGUUGUAUAUGUGAUUAAGUCACUGAAUGCCAACAAGAAGUGUUGGACAAAAACUAUAAACCUGAUUAUACUAAAUUAAGAUAUGACUUUUGUGCUAAUAAGAGGAUUUGAUUAUA